CUGGGAAGCUAUAAACUCUAAAAACCAUGCUGAUACCCCUCUAGGGAUUCUGGUUUAAUUGGACCGGUGUGGGGCUCAAACAUCAGUAAUUUGUAGAAAGGACUAUAUUCCAGGUGGUUUUCAUGCGUAACCAGUAUUGCGAAGCACUGAGUUAGAAAAACCACAGGUGGGGCACAAGCUUGAUUUCUCAGGCCUUCCCCCUCCUGGUUCUGAUUCCCUGCUUGCGCUGUGCCCUCUAUUUUCCAUGUCCCAUCACUGGCCAGCUGGACCGAGCGACUACUACACAGACUACGUGGCCACCCGCUGGUACCGCUCCCCAGAGCUGUUGGUGGGGGACACGCAAUACGGCCCCCCAGUGGAUGUUUGGGCGAUUGGCUGUGUCUUUGCUGAGCUGCUGUCAGGGGUUCCUCUGUGGCCAGGAAAAUCAGAUGUGGAUCAGCUCUAUCUGAUUAGGAAAACCUUGGGAGACCUCAUUCCUAGGCACCAACAUGUAUUUAGCACAAAUCAGUACUUCAGUGGGGUAAAAAUUCCAGACCCUGAAGAUAUGGAACCGCUUGAAUUAAAAUUUCCAAACAUCUCUUAUCCUGCCCUGGGCCUCUUAAAGGGCUGUCUCCACAUGAAUCCUGCCCAGAGACUGACCUGUGAGCAGCUGUUGCAGCAUUCGUAUUUUGACAGUAUCAGAGAAAAGGGGGAUUCGGCAAAAGAGCAGGAGAAACCAACAAAGAAGACCCUACGACAGAGCCGAAAGCACUUGCCGGGGUUGCAGUGCCUACCUCAGCUGACCAGCAGCAGCAUCCUUCCAGCUCUGGAUAACAAGAAGUAUUGCUAUAACACCAAGAAACUUAACUACCAUUUUCCAAAUAUUUAAAGAGCUUGGAGAUUGAUGAUAAAAAAAGAGUUGAUCAUCAAUUUGAAUAAAACACACAUGGUUGAAAACAAUCACAAUGUUGGAAAAAGCCUCAGGAGAAAACUUAAGUAGCUAAGUGGGGGAGGCCACAUGGCAAGAUGUGAAGGAAAAUUCCAGAGGCAGUCUUCCAUGCAUGACGAUGCCGUCCAGAACAGAAAGGAACAACUUCUUUGGAUUUUCACUUGUAUUUUUAUUGUAUCUAAGUAGCUGAGCUGAUGGACAGAAUAUAAACUGUAUCUACUGUACUCGCCCAUACCUCUGGCAAAAUAGAGAUGCAAGAAAAAAAAAAAAAGAUUUAUGCUAUAAUCGUACCAGAUAGAACAAGUGAAAAUGGAUUACAGAAUGCCCACAUAUUUUUUUUUGGAUCUCUGUUGCUUUGAGUCCUAUCUCCUGCCUCUUGAGAUUUUCUCAUCAUAUUUAAGGAGGGUUUUAGUUCUGAAAAGCAAAAUGUUUAAAAUUCCAUUUCCUGCUUGUUCUAGUUCUUGAUUUUUAUAUAUGGAAACUUCUUGAAUAUUUGAGUCAUUCAAAAUAUUUAAAAUCAUAUGGAUUAUCAUAAAA